AUGAUUAUUGUUUAUAUUUGUGCAGAUGAAAAUUUUAAUGGACAAAUAGACAUAGUAAAAAAUCAUUUUAAUUUUGGACAAUUUAGAUGUCCUGUAGUCUGGUCUACUAGAUUUUCACUUCAUCCUAGACUUCAACAUUCAACUUCUAUGCUUUUACUGGGUGUACAAGUUUUACAUACUGUACUGGAUAAGUUUUCAGUUCGUAAUCGGCGUAACAUGUUUGUCUAUAAAGACUGUAACAGUUCUGUGUUUUAUUUAAGGUAUUUUUUUUUAAAAUUAUGUUUUAUUAAAGCUCACAAUAAUAAUCUAAUCAUUUUUAGAUUCUAUGAAAAUUCAAGUCGAUUACAUCAAAAUAAUAAUAUGGCGGGUUCAUUACAAUAUGAUUCAGAUGAUGAAGACUCUAUUUCUAGAUGUUCAUCUGCUACAUCUACAACGGCCACAGUUUCGUCCUCAAUAAAUCCUCCUAGUUAUACAAAUUUUCCGCGUAAAUUCUCUGAGGAUAAUCCUGGAACACGUUCUAAUUAUGGUUACUGGGGUGAUACAGAUUCAAAAGAUAUUGAAGAUCUGACAUUAAGAGUGCAUGGUAUAUCACCUGUCAGUAAGUUCAUAAACAAUAAUAAUAUUGCUACAAAUAAUUUAAAUAUCUAGAAUUUAAUAAAAAUGUUCCUAUAUUUUUAUUUUAUUAGGUAAUGAAAUUUGUAUUGAUCUGGUUGAAGUACUACAAAAUCGAUUGAAUGAUGCUGUACUGGAGGUUCUUACAACUAUGUUAUACAGAAAUCCACUAUGUAAACUUUAUCCAGAUGAUAUUCGUUAUAUACAACCAUAUAAUAGUCAACCUGACUUUACUAUGAAAGUAAAUAAUUUAACAACUACAAUUUUUAUAUUUUUAAUACAUUUUACUUAAUUUAUUAAUAAUUUUGCUUUACCUUGAUUUUAGUAUAGUACAAUGUAUUAUAUAAGUACUACAUAUGUUCAUGCUCCUUAAUUCAUCUGUGAUAUCAUCAGCUGUGGCCUAAUUCUCAGGAAUUAAGGAACAUAAGGGUUAUUUGAUUAUUCCUCUACAUUAGAUGUCUAUGGAAAAAUGCUAAUACAGGGUGGGACUUAUAAAUAAAAUGAUUUUCAAAUAACUAAAAAAAAAAAACAACAUUGUUCAUAUCACCUUAAUAUAUAUAAAAUAAAAAAGUGUUAACUUAAAAGAAUUUAAAGUAUUAUAACUAAACCUUGCACAAGCUUAAGAUUUUCAUUAAUAGACUUGUAAUCAUGUAGUGAGUUUAAUGAUUUGUAUUAACCACCUUUGGUUUGCUAUUUACUAGCCAAAUAAUGAUAUUAAUUACAUUUACGUUCUUAUUACUACUUAAUUCUUAACAUGGAUAUUAUAUUAAGUUACAAUAAUAUGAUGUUUGACUAGGAUAAUAUUAUUAAUUAUUAUCAUACAUUUAAAUUAUAUCAUAUAAUAGGUAUGUUUAUUAUAUUUACAUGUAUGUAUACAUUUAUUAGAUUCAAAUUUUUAUUUUUAUUUUAGUUAUCCUUGCCAAUCGAAACUAAAAUCACCAAAUCGUUUUCUCACAAUUUGAAACGUAGUGCUGCAGCAUUGUUAUUAUAUCCGCCAAAAUAUGGUAUUCGUUAUCAUAGAUUCUACUGUUCAUAUGAUGCAUUAGAAAAUCCAGUAAAACCCAUCAUCCGUUCGUUUUUUAUGUAUAAUCAAUCAAGUGGUGUCACUAGUGGAGCUAGCGGAAUGCGCAGCUCAAGUGGUAAUCGAGGUCUAGCGUGUGUUGUCUUUGACAUUUAUUCAAAUGAGUACAAUAGCCGCAGUGGUUCAGUCGAUGACAAUUCAUGUGAUUAUCCUAUCGAUUCAGAGUUGUUCAAAAGACGGGUACUUACGAAAUGUAUAGAAAAUAGUGCUAAAUCAAAUGUCUAUUAUAGUGGUUAUGGUUGGUGUAGAUUUCUCUAACCCUCUCUUUCUUAUUACAUUAAUGGUUAAAAAAAUAUUUUGUACUCUACAGUCAACGUAUUUGUGUGGCGACGAGGUAGAAUCAACACAGAAGUGCUUCAAACAAAAUUGAAUUCGACUAUCACUCACUCUUUAUGGGACAUUUAUAUGGAACGAUUUCUGUGGGAACAGCCAAUAAUCAUUGAAAAAACGUCUGAGGUGUAUGUAAAUCCAUUGUGUAUUCAUUAUCUUGCCAAAUGGAUUGCGUUUGGAGCACAAAUAUCGGCCCCGUUAGCAGUCCAUUCACGAAUAGACCGCGAGUAAGUAUAUAUAUAUAAAAAAAAAAAAUAUGUGUAUAUAUACCAGUUUUGAUAUAGAUGUCUAUUUGAAUAUUCAAUACUUCUUAGUAUAGACACUAAGUAUUUGGGGUGUAUAAGGCAUUACCAUUAUUGAGCCAGGACUCAGACCUCAGAGAUUUUACCAGUGAAAAAUAUCUUUUAUAUUAUUGUUUGAUAAAUUUAAGUAUUAUGAUAAAAGAAUAAAAAAGGAAUAAAGAUAAUUUAAUGUGAUAAGCACCAACAUCAACAAGUUAAAAACCUUUAAAUUUAUUUUAUUUAAAAAUUAUAAAUAUUAGUGGCUAAUUGCAGGAUGCUGACCCCAUUUUUUUUUAGAAGGGGGGGUUGAAUAUAUUAUUUUUCAAUAGUAAUAGUAUUUGAACAAACAUUAUGUGAAUAAUAUUUAAGUGGGAAAAGAGAUACCAAAUUUUUAAUUAGCCAUAUCAUAUGCCAUAUAGUAUACAAUAUUUAUGAUUUGUUAUUAGUUUUAUUAUCAUCGAAUUUAAUUGACUUAAAACUUUUAUUUGUGAUUUUUAAAUAAAAAUUUGCAUUGUAAUUUUCAGUUCCAUUUUUUCUCUAGAUUUCAUAUAAGCAUACUACUGCAAAAUCUUGAUUCCUCAUUAGCUGUAUUAUUAUUAUGUCUGUGAUAGUAUUAUUAUUAUCAAUAUUCAUAUAAUCUUUAGUAUUCUGAUGUAUUGGUUUUACAAUGAUAUUUAUUAUUAAUAAUUUUUUUCUGUUAACAACUUUUUUACCAGAAAUUUUUUUCUGAUUUUAUAAUGUAGCUCAUUUUCCGAUAGGAAAUUUAAUUGGAGUACAAUUUUAAGGAAGUCUUUUUUUUGAUUUUCUCAGGGGUUUUCAUAAUAAAUGGAAAAACUGAAAAAAAAUAUAGGAAAAUCAAGAAAAUUUACUCAAUGUAUUACUUUUUUUUUUUAUUAUUAUUCAGUUAAAAAUAUUUUUAGAAAUUAGAAAUUUAGACAGAAGACUCAUAUUUUCCUUUUUUAGAUGUGGUAACAUUUUAAAAAAUGAGUUUUUAUGUAAUUUUUAUUCAUUAGGUACUCUAUGGAUAAAAUUGUUAUAUUUAACAAUUUAUCAAGAAUUUUAUUAUAACUCUUCUUUGUGGUAAAAAAAAAAAAGAUUGAAUGUAAUGUACAUUUUAAUAAAAUGCAGCCUUUCAAAAUAUGUAUAAACAAACUUUGCUCUGAAUCAUUUUUCAAUGGUAUAUUUUUGAUUAAAGAUCUAAAUUAAAUAACCUUAUGUAUCCAUUUUCCCCACUUCCACUUACAAUAGUGGCACAUCCAUUCUCACAAUUAGCACAUUUUUUAUAAAUCUGUAAUGAAAAGAUUUUUUGUUUUUAUAAUAUUUUGUUAUCUUUUAUUUAAUAGUUUUACAUGUUACAUUCAAUAUAUAUUUUUACGAACUUUUAGUUAUUUCAUAGAGUUGACAUUAUACAAUUAUACAAUAAAUAAAAAUAUAGGAGUGUUAACAAUAAGUAUUGGUAUUAUAAAGAUAAACCAUGUUCCUAACCAAAAAUGAUUCUGAGCAAAGUUCCCUUAUGCCUACAUGAUUUAAAGUGCCAUAAUAUUUAUGAUUUACAUCAAAAUUUGAUUUUAAAACCAUUAUAAAAAAAAGCUGAUACUGAUGACGGGUGUGGCCACUGUUGUGGUAAUUGGUGGGUAAUUGAAUUUAAUGAAGUAUUUUUUGUUUAUACGAAUAUCAAUAUCAAAUUUUGACAAAAACUCAAAACAUGUAACCAAACUUUGCUCAGAAAUGUUUUUCAUUAGUUAUAAUUUGUAGUUGCUUACUGAUAUAAAAUAAAUAACUUAAUGAUAUUCCUAUCUUCUCUACUUCCCACCUACAAGAUUGUAUUGAGACACAGUUUUUUUUAGUAAUGGGAAAGAUUAGAUCAUCUAUGAAAAAGCAUUAGUUUGAUAGUUUAACAUAUUGAACAUUAAAAAAGGCAUUCUAAAAGUUUAAAUAAAGAAAAAAAAAAUCAGGGUUUGAAACUUAUUCAAAUUUGAUAUCAGUUUUAAACUGGUUCUGUUAGCCUAACCCAUUGCUGGAACUAUAUUCAAGAUUAUAGGUUACAGAUUACAGGCUUAAAAAUAAUGUUGGUUACCUGUAACCAAUUGAAUGAGUUUUAUAAUACCUAUGCCUAAUGUAGCUAUGCUUUGUAGAUAAACAAUAUUACAAGUAGAACAUUGCAAUAUAACUAUUUAUGUAUAAUUCGGUUGUGUAAUCAGUUAUUACAUUAUAAUAACAGUGCAUGUAUUGGUAUGGCUAUAAUAUUGGUCUCUGAUAAAAAAACCUUAUAGUUUUGAAAAUUUCAAGUCAAAUAUUCCGUUUAAAAGAAGAGUUUCAAUAAUAAAAUGAAACCAUUACCUUGAUACCUGAAUGAAUUAUUGAGCCAUAAUUAUAUCUUUACAAUUUGUCAAUUUCAAUUCAACAUGUUAAACUAUUAUAGUAGCUACAAGCUUAUUAUUAUUAAUGUAGCUAAAAUAAAUUAAAUAUAUUAAAGCGCAUAUGUAGUUUAGACAGAUUUAAAAAUAUCUGUACCUAAUCAGUUCAUAACUGGUUAAAACAUACAUAAUAUUAUAGUUAUUAUAACAUUUUAUGUUAACUGAAAAAUUGUAAUCGAUAACUGGGAAUCAUAUUAGUUUUAAAAGUAAAAGUGGUCUAAGGUUCCGAAAAUGUUGGGAAAUUACCAGUUUCAAGUCCUGGAAAAAUAAUUGACAAAUUUACUAAAAAAUCAAGAAAAUUAAGAUUAUGAAUAACAUUUUAUUAUAAUUAUUAUACUUGUAUAAUAUUUUAUACUAUCAUUCUAUUUAGUAAUUUAUGGUAUGAAAUAUUUCUAGAGGCUUUAGCCAACCUUGUAUUACAUCUUCAAAUACACUCAUGCGUAUCUAACAUUUAAAACAAAAGAAAGAUGUCUUCUUUUUAUCUUAAAAAUCAACAUGUUUUGUUGAUUUAUGUAAUACCUUUGCCACUGUUGUAAGUGGGAAGUUGGAAAGGUAGGAUACAGAAGGGAAUGUAAUGUUUAUCUGUAAGCAAUGAUAAACCAUGCCUAAGACUUUGAGUAAAGUUCAGUUGAUAUUAAUGCUUUGUCAACAAUAUAAUUAUUAUAUAUGCCAUAUUAUGGUAAAAUAAUUAACUAUAGUCUGUCCCAGGAGAGAAAGGUCCGCUUCUGUGCAUGUUUUCCCCCUCCACAUAGCCGAUUGUCAUUUCUUCCGUCGUCGGUUUAUGACUAUACACCGCUAGGAUAUUUUGUAGAAAUUCAAUUGUUAUUAUUAUCAGACAUCGNAAUCCAGACUUUGUUUUUUUUGUAUACAUAUUUAUUUAUUUAAUAUCUUAUUGAACACUGUAGGUAUAAUUCAGUAGGUAUGAUACAGUAGGUAUAACAAAGUAGGUAUAAUACAGAGAUAUAUAUUUAAUAAAUAAUAAAUAAUUAUAUUAAAACAUUUCAUUUUUUAUUCGUUAAAAUUACAAUUCAUCAUUUUUGUCAUAUUGGUGAUAAACAGUGGACUAUGGACAGACAACAGUGCAUUAUUUGAAAUGCAGUGUACAAAACCUGUCGAUAGAUCCGGGAGGGAAUAAAUGGAUAGUGUUGCAGCGUGGGGAUACGCAGUAGCGCUUCGAUUUGGUCGGGGACAGACUAUAGGCAUAAUAUAUUUUCUUUAAUAAUAUUUGUUUAAUAUUGAAUUUUUCCCAUGUUUUAACUGGUUUUUCACAUUUAUUGGAAAAGCUCUUCGGAAAAUCGAAAAAUGAUUUCCUAUAAGUACCUUUCUAAUCAGAUUUCCAUUUAAAAAAAGUACUAUCAUUACAAAUUGGAGCAAAAUUGCUGGUAGAAAAGUUGUUCUCAAACAAAAAAAAAAAAAAUAAACAUCUUCGAUACACUCAGAAUCUAAAACAUUUUAUUUUUAUUAAAUUUGAUUGUCACGGACAAGGAAAUACUAUUUUUAAAAGAUUAAUUAUCUAGCAGUAACUAUUUACUGUAUUAGAAAUACAAGUGAAUCAACUAGUUACCAAUAAAAUAAUAAUUACACAUUUGCACUACUCGAUUCAAUACUCACUUAUUCAAUUAAGUCCAAAUGAUUAUUCUACUUAAUUAUAAUAUAUAUUUUUCAAAAUAUUUUGUCUUUUAAUUAAGUCCUCUCUCUAUUCAAAAUUCCUGGAUAUGCCACUAACAAUUUUACAGUAAUGUUCUUAUAGUAAGUAUUUUAGCUAAAAAAAAAUCUACAGAAUUGAAGGAAUUUUAAAUGUAGGUAUUUGGUGAUACAAAACACUAUAAAUGUGUGGUUUGAAACUGAUUUUAUACUUCUCUAAACAAUAAUUGUUAGCAUAUAAUCAAUAAUAAUAAUAGUAAUAAUACUAAUUGAUAUAAUUAUCAAUUUGGUAUCAAUAAAUGAUAAAAAUUAAAGUGGUCUUAAUAUAUAUUUUACGGGAAGAACCAUUAUAAAAUGAUUCUAUUCAAUAAUAAUAUUAUUAUAUUAAUAAUAUUUAAAAAGUUCUAUUUAAAAAAUUCACUUGAUAUUGCAUACAGUAUACAAAUAUUAUAAUUUUGAAUAUUAUUAUUUGAUUUUAGAAUAAACAUUAACCAUGUGCUAAGAGAGUUUAAAACUCAUUUAUCUUGGUUGGAAUCUUCAACAUCAAAUAAUUUAACCAUAUCCGAACGCUAUUUUUAUGUUCCCUAUACACAAUAUCAUAAAUCUAGUGAUGAAUGUGUUGGGGGUAAUCCAUUUAUCAAUUUAUUGGAUCCAUUUCAAUUAGAACAAAGGCAAGAUAUUACUUCAACAAACAAUCCAAUGUUCUAUGAAUGGAAAAUACCAGAUAACGAAUUGGUAUUCAUUAAGACUGAGCCCCAGGUGGUAUGCCCACCUUCUGUUGCAAGUGUCUUAAUAAUAGUGUCAGUAACUUCAACAAUGAAAACUAAACAAAAACAACAUACACAGCUUCAUAAUCGAAACAUAGAUGAAGAACUUAGUGAUUCAGAUACAGAUAAUGGUGUUGUACCUGAGGUUGAAAAAAAGUCAAAUCAUAGUGAAGAUGGUAAUAAUUUUUAGUUACAUAGAAAUGUUUAAGUAUUCAGGGUCAGUGUGAGGUGAAAUGGGUAAUAUUUACCUUAGGGUAAUAUUUAAACUGAAUCCCCUUUUGAUUAUUAAGUUUGUUUGAAAAAAAAAAAACAAAAUGGCAUUGAAUCUAUUUUUCAUGCAUUUUGUUUAUAUAACAAAAUAGAGACAUUUUAACUUUUUCUUAACAUAAUAUUUAGUGAUACAGUCUAGUACAAAAGGUGUAUAUAUAUUUUUUUUUUAUUAAUUUAAAAAAGAAAUAUAGAAAUAUGGUAUUUUAUCAAUGAAAAAUUAUUCCAGUAAUUUUAUUUAAUUUUAACAGAUUUUAUGAAAAUGAUUGAAAUUGACAAUGAUCAAUCAUCAAUGACUUUAAAAGAUCAUGAUGAUGACAUCAGUGAAAAUAAUAGUGUAAAAGAAAAUACAGCACUAAUGGUGAUUGAUAGUAACAAAUAUGAAAAAAAAAAACAGCCCACAAACAAUAGUAAUAUUAAAAUUGUUAAAUUAUUAAUGUUGGCUGUAUCAGAGCAAUCUAUUCAGACAUUAUCAUACAACUACCCUAAUAGCAGUGAUCAGUCUACUACCAUACAAUGUUUAAGUCGCUGGUUGGAAUGGCGACAUUCAAUUUUCACAUCAUCUAUAUAUCAUAUGUUGGGAUUGACCAACCAUGGUAUAUCAUGUGAUUCUGGUAUUGUUAAGAGUCGGUCUACAAAAAGUGACCUUAAUUUAUUAUUGGACUACAAGAGUUAUGUUACUGCUAUUGGAGCUAAUGAAUCCACAACUAUUAUUGACAAUAAUAGUGUUACUUUUGACAAAUAUAGUCGAAAGAGUAAUAGUCGUACCAAGCAGACCAAUGAAAAUGAUACAGAGGAUAAAAAAAAUAAAUCAAUACAAUAUACCAAAGAUUUCCAGGAUUCAUUUCUUGAACAGUUGGUAAGAAACACCAAACAACAGCAUAAAUUAGGUGAGUACACAAUAAUGUAAUUUAAAUUUUUUUAAAGUCUCAAAUUUAAAUGUAAAGAAAUAACAUUAACUGAAAAUUUGAAAAAAAAUUGAAACUAAAUAAUGUGGUUUCAUUAGGGGGGAAGUAGGGAAGGUUGGAUACAGAAGGGAAUUUAAUGUAUAUUUGUAAGCAAUGAUAAACUAUUGCUAACAAAACAAUGAUUCUGAGCGGAGUUCAGUUGAUAAUGAUUCAUUGUUAACAAUUUAUAUGUCAUAUUAAAUUAUAAUUCAUAAUAUUGAGUACAACCAAUUACCCAGUAAACUCUUAUGUUUUUGUGUAAAUAGUAAAAAUAUUUUACUAUUCUACAAUUUCAUAUUUGUGAUUGAUUUGUAAUAAAAUAAAUAAAUUGUAAAAUAAUAAAUCAGAUAUCAGAUAAAAUAUUAAUUGAAACUAUUUUGAAUGUGUUUUUAAUUAAUUUACAUUUAUUUAGCCAAUAUUUUUCGAAAUGUUCACAUGUUUAUGUGUGGUAAGUAGGUGAAACAUUAUCACCAUCUUUAACAAAUGAGUUAUAUAUAAUGUAGUUUAAUUUAAAAUACCUAUUUACUUACCAUUUUCAUUAAAACCGGUUACCUUAUUUUUAAUCUUUCAAUCUUUUUAACCUAUAGCCCCAAGUUUUUCUUAUUAUCUCGAAUAUUAAUAAGAAUUUUAAAAAAUGACCUCUUUAAAGUACAACCCAGAGAUCAUUUCCUUUAGGAAAAAGUCUAUACUUGAUAAUUGGAGUAAGUUUUCUGGUAGAAAGGGUUUACAUAAAAAAACAAAUAUAAAAACAUAAUAAACGACAUUGUAAAACCAAUACAUUCCUUGCUCUGCUCAGAAUCUAAAAAUUAAAUAAACAUAUUAUGAUAAAACAACAAUAUUAUUAUAAAUCUAUUAUUUUACAAUUAAAAUGAUUAAUCUUAUUUUAUUGUUCCUAAUUUGUUUUAAUUCUUAUACACUUUAUUUUUUUUAUUAUAUAUAAUUUAUAUACUAUUUUAGAUGCACAAAAAAAAGUUUUGUAUGAUAUGUGGAUUCAAAGUGAUGCAAUUAUUACAAAAGAAAAUCUUCGGAUAUUUUUCAAUCACAGCCGAGUAAUUCAUUAUUGUUUAACACCACUGUUGUUUUUGCCAAGGUAUAAAAAAAAACACAGACAUAACAAUAAAUUAAUGCAUUUUUUAUAAUAAAAAUAAUAUAAUUAUAUGUUUUAGGUGGCGGUUAGAAUUAUCAGCUACCCGAGAUAAUGGAAUGGAUUCUAAAAAAAUAAAACAUUUUCCUUCUCUUCCACCUCCACAUUGGCAUAAACGAUUAUGUGCACAGUUAACAACUGCUUAUGCACAAUUUAUUGAAACAAGUCCUGUUUUUAAUGGUUUUCAAUUAGUUCACAUUGGUAAACAACGUGGAAAUUAUGAUUGGUAUGUAAACAUGUCAUAAAAUAUGUUUAAUAAUUAGAUGUACCUAAAUAAUUAUGUUUAUCAUUUUUAUUUUAGUAAAAAAAUGGAGAAAGAUAAUAUUAAAUCCACAAUUUGUUACUUUAAGAAAUCUAUACCUGGAGUUACUGGUGGUUUAUUAUUAUUGGAAACUGGUGUAUGUCCCCCAUUUUAUUUCAUUAAACUUUGUUCUAUUGAAAGAGAAAGGCUUACAAAUCAACUUGAAAUAUACGACAAUAAAUAUUUACCACUGGUACUAAACAUAAGUAUUCAUUAUUCUUUAAUCAUUUAAAGAUAAAUAUUUUUAUUAUUAUUAGGUUUUUUGGUGUAUUGAAUAAUUUGUUUUCAAAUUAUUUUUUGUUUUAGCAUUCUCUUCUUGAUCAAUCUGAAACUAUUAUAAGGAAUAUGCACUUGCAUUCAUUUACUUAUGACUUUCAUGUGAAAAUACUAUCGGACAGACUAACUAGAUUAGUAAAAAAACAAAAAGUAGCCAAAAAAAAAAAUUACAGCCGUGACCUAUCUGAACUUUUAGAACAAAGUUCUACACAAGGUAUAGAAAACAAAUCAGAAAAUGAUAGAACAAAAAAUUCUAUUUCCAGGUUUCUAGAUGAUUUUUUGAAAUAUUAUACUUUACCACCGAUAUACUCUUGUUCUUUAGUACUGGCUGGUUAGUAUUUCAAGUAUUUAAUUGCAACAAUAUAAAGAAAUAUAAAUAUAAAUUUGUUUUUAGGUUUUAUUAAGCAUUCUCAAAUACCUGUUACUGGUAUUCAGCUGUAUAAAUAUUUAUUAGAAAGUUGCUUGGAAGAUUGUGAUGGGAUGGCCGUUAUAAAAAUUUAUGACAAUGCUUUAUUAGAUGGUGAUGAUGUGGGUUCUCUAUUUGAUGAGGAUGAUAAAGAAUAUAGUGAAUUUCUUAAAAGCCAAAAUUAUUAUGGCAAUGAUUUGACAGUAAGAAUGAAAUAACUCAUAGUGAUGGAAAGUUUUUUUUUGUUACCUAACAAUAUAUUUUAAUAAUUUCUUAUAGGAUUUUAUUCUUGUUCAUCACAUGACUGGUAGUGAUAUACAACAAAGACAGGAAUUAGAAAUGAAAUCAAAAAAUUAUACUAAAUUGGGAUUAGAAUAUACAAAUUCUGAGAUUGAAGUGUGCGGUUUGUAUGAUGCCACUCUUAUUAUAACUCUAUCAUCAGUUGAAAAAUUAUUUUUGGAAGUUAGUAAUGAAAUACAUUUAUCUUAUUAUGUGCUGUUGACAAACAACGAAAAUGAUAAUUUGGAGAAGUAAGUUUAUAACUAUAUGGAUAAUAGAUAUUAUAUGUAUAUAUAUAUUUAUAUGUGUUAUAUAUUUUAUUAAUAUUUGUAAAUUAGAAAGGAUCUAGCUUUACUAAAGACAGACUAUAAUGUGCACCAAAGACAUAAUAGUACACUGAUGCACCCUUAUGUGCGUGGAUUUAAUGAGUCUAGCAGCUUAUCCAAUAGUGUGCCUAGUGAUAGCCUUGGCAAUGCUGUAGUAUCUUAUUCAGCUACUUUUUUGGAAAACUUCAAGGAUAACAAACAACCAGAAAAUGUAUCAAAUCUAAAACAUAAUUACCAAAAAAGCAAUAAAGAUGAAUUAAAUAAUCAUUGUCAGCAAAGGAUUAAAAAAACAAACCUAAUAAAGUUUUAUGAAAAAAAAUCUACUGAAUUGGUAGCAUAUACCAUAGACACAGCUGCCAAUCACUGCCGUAUACAUUUGCUAUGGCAAUCAUUUAGCAUACAAUCUGAUCAUAAAGUAAAUAAUUAUUAUAUUUUAAUUAAUGUCACUGACCAAAAUAGCAUUGGUUAGGUGUUACAAUUUUUGAAAAUUAAAAAAAAUUAUUUUAUUCAAAUAUACCCAUUGGCUAUGAUGUAAUAAUAAGAACUAUAACUUUUUUCAUUUUGAUUUUUGUUCAUUGCAAACCUAUAUUAUCCCAUUAACUUUAAAAUAAUUCAGGUAAUAUUAACAUAACUCUUGUAGAGUUUAUAGAAAUUUUAUUGGGCUUAAUUCUUGUAAAAAAUUUCCAACAGUUAGUUAAUCAAACUGUUAUAUAAUUGUGUUAUCUCUUCAUAUACUAAACCAAACACAUAUUUUUAAUAUUGAUUAUAAUCUAUAAUAUUAAACGUAAUUUUAAUUUUAGAUUCUGAGUGGAGCAAAGAAGCUUAUGGUUUUACAAUAAUGUUUAUUUUAUUUGUAUUAUUAUUUUUUUUAUCUGAACAAUUUUUCUACCAGAAAUAUUGCUCCAAUUUAAAAUGAUAGCACUUUUUCUAAAAGAAAAUCUGACUAGGGAUGUACUUUAUAGAUGUAAUUUCUUAUUUUUUCACUAGUUUUUCCAUUAAAUGGAAAAAUUAUGGGAAACCCUAGUAAAACCUGUAAAAUAGGUACAAUAUUAAACAAAUAUUAUUAAAGAAAAUAUAUAACGUCUGUGUAAUUUUAUUACCAUAAUAUGGCAUAUAUGUAUAUUAUUAAAAAAGAAACACUAUCAACCGCUUAGUCUUUUUUUGCUAGCAAUGGUUUGUUUAUUGUUGCUUACAGAUAUAAGUUCAAUUUCCCCUCUACUAUAUUCCCAACUUCUCACCUACAACAGUGGCCUAUCACUAUGUCUAUUUUUUUAAAUUCUAAUACAAAAAAAUAAUAUUAAUAAUCUCACAUCAUGUUUUUGACAAUCUGAAAUAUCUUAGUCUGUGGCAUCAGUGUAUGUAAUUAUCUAAUGUGUGGGACUGGUAAUAAACUAUUUUAUAUCUUUUCAGAAACUUGGAACUACAACUAACAAUACAUUUAGUAUUGAUGAACUGAAGAUGCUUGUAAAUAAAUCUGGCCUUGUAGAACCAUUAGCUGCAUAUGAUAGUCGAUUAAAAGGUCUAAUAGAAGAACUUUGUAAAAUACCUCAAUGGUUUUCUUCAUUCCAUAAAUUAAUUAGUGGGCAAACAUACUUAUCCUCUUCCACGUCAACACCACCGCCACCACCACCAACAACAAUUACAACAACACGAUGCAGGAUUUAUAAUCACUAUAACUCAGACCGACAAUACUUAGUAAUUUUACCAUAUAGUUCAGAAGUUCAAAUUAAUGUAUUUAUAGUUCUUGAUAAUGGAGGUGAUCCAACUGAUAAUAUUGCUACAUCUUCAAAUUCUUUGAUCAAUAUAGUUUUUAAAAGAAAUAAAAAAAGUUCUGAAGAAGUAAAUAUGUUAGUUGAAACUGUUGUAAAAGCUAUGUGCUAUCAAAUGUGGCGUGCAGCUGCAUCCGCUAACUGUAAAGAUGCUCGUUCAAAAUAAUUACAAAAGUAAACAUAUUGAAAAAAGAAUUAUUAACAAAAUAGUUUAUAUAGGGAAACUAUUAUUAUUACUGCUUAAUUGUGCCAUUUACUAUUAUACAAUCUAGUCAUUUAAAUUUCUAAAAUAUGCAUGCUAUCAUAUAAAUAAUAAAUAUAUAUAAAGUGAUGUAUUAUUAUUAUUUUUAUAUAAUAGUAUACUAAUUUUAUGCAUCAAAAUUUAAACUAAAGAAAUACACGCAUAAUAUACUCAUAUUAUACUUUUUUAAAUAUUUAUCAAUACAGUGGUAUUAAACUAUUUAAAAUAAUUUCAUCUCAAACAAAAUAGUUUAUUGUAAAACUAAUAUCUUUUUUUUUUUUUAAUAUUUAUUUUUUUAUGAUUUGAAUAUAAUAUUGCACAAACAAAAAUAUUAUGACCAAUAGAUUUUUAUUAGAUAAUACAUAAAUUAAAGUCUGGUAUAAAAAAAUGUUGUAUUUUGUGAUCACAAGUGUGUUAUAAACAUAUAGUACAAUUUUUUAUGAAAAAAAAUGACUGCUAUUUUAUAGGUAUAAUAUAUAAUUAUAUAAUGUUAAAUGUGCAUUGUUACCAAUAAAUAUACUUUUAAUGAUAAACGUCUCAUUGAUAAACUUUUUAUUUUUGCUCAAUAAUAGGUAGG